CCAGGAAAUAACCCUCCUUCCUCACUCAUUUAAAGCCCUGGAAGUCCUGGACAGUUCUACAGGGCACUUGGGUGCUGGUGAAACCAUAAGAUUGGGCUCUAGGACAAGAGCAUCUCUUUGGACAAAGACUAAUUGCUGACCACAGCCUCUUCACCAUCUGGUCUACCUCAUCCUCUUCACAGAAAGCCCUGAAGCCAACAUGGCACACCCUAUGUUGCAAAAAUAUCCCAGUUACCAUCACAUUCGUGAUUCUUGGCAGAUGGUGUGGGUCGUAAAAGGAAAUUCGUUAAUAGCAGUUCCUUCUAGCAACAACGUUGAACCUGUCAUUCUUUCUUUGAUAGCAUGUAGAGACAUGGAGUUCCAUGAGGAAGGAAAAGGUACUCCACAUUACAUGGGAAUCAAGGACAAAAAUCUCUGUCUCUACUGCACAGAAAUCCAGGGCUAUCCCACUUUGCAGCUUAAGGAAGAAGAUAUCAUGAAUCUCUACAGUAAGCCCAGAGGAGAGAAGCACUUCCUCUUUCACCGCAGUGAUGAAGGCUCCACCGUUGUCUUUCAGUCCGUCUCCUACCCUGGCUGGUUCAUUGCGACCUCCUCUGAAGCAGGGCAGCCUGUUACCCUCACCAAGGAGAGGGGCACAGCCAAAAGCACGAAUUACUACUUAGAGGGUGGACUCUAAAUCCAGUCUGGGCUCUGGGUGGCUGAAUCCUGUUCAGAGGACCAAGCAGUCAGAGGUUCUUCUGUUUGAAAACACAACAGGUCGUCUUAAGAGACCACCGUACAUGGAUGCCCAUCCACAGCCUACCUCAUUCUCAUCACCUCAAAACCACCUCCUCUUCUAGAUACCCUCUAGAUUUGUUGCUGUUGUUUAGUCACUAAGUUGUGUCUGACUCUUUUGUGACCCCAUGGACUAUAGCCUGCCAGGCUCCUCUGUCCAUGGAAUUUCCCAGGCAAAAUGUUGGAGUGGGUUGCCAUUUCCUUCUCUAGGGGAUCUUUCUGACCCAGUGAUCGAACCCACAUAUCCCGCAUUGGCCAGCAGAUUCGCUGAACCACCAGGGAAGCCCACCCUCUAGAUAAUCUCUAGAUAAUUUCUAGAUACACUGUGUCCCCUGCUUGCACGUCAUUCCAGUGUGAAGCCUAAGAGUCACUUUUUAUUCUUUCUUGAUCUUUUCCCAUCAUCCUGGUUGCCAAGUCCAGUUAAGUCCACUCCCAAAUCCUUCUUGCAACCUCUCUUGCUAUCCCUUCUGCCAACCCAUAGCCUGGAAAUGUGACUUCCAAACAUAUAAUCCUAUCAAUACAAGAUAUUAAUAAUUCUAUGCAUGCUUAUUAUAAAUAUUGUAACAUGCACUCCAAAAGAUGAAUCUAAAGGGUAAGGUGAAUGUAAAAUAAAAAUAUCACAAGUCUUGAGAGUCAUGAUGAACUCAUAGUAUCAUUAGUUAAUAAUUUGACGCACAGUAUACAAUUCAGUUAAGAUUAAUUGCUAACCAUAGUGGAUGUAAAUCAAUCUGUAUUUCAAAGAUUCACUAAUCGCAGUUUAUACUUUUUUCAAGCAUCAACUAUGACAUAUUCUUG